UCAUAAGACCAUUUGUUGACGAAUUUUGUUGUUGAAUUUUUGAAAGAAAACUUCUAAAUUUAAUUAUAUCAGAUAUCAAUCUUAAACAUAAACUUUCAAGUUUGUUUCGUGGGAACAAGAUAUAGCUAGUACAAUGGCUGGAUGCAUGUCAAGCAAAGCUCUCGAUGUUCUGGAAGAACAUUGCUAUGCAACUUUGUCUUCGUCAUUCCAUAGAAGAAGUGAUAAUUCCAGACGUUUCAAUCACUCUGGCAGCAUUUUCGCAACAAGCUGCCUUUCAGAAGGAAAUAGUGCGCUACAGUUGAACAUGGGAAAAUCUUGGUUGAAACGAUCAACACCUCUUAAUCAGCACGAAAGAGAAAACAGCAAAACGUUCAAGUUCGCCAGCAACUUGGAAAGGAGUUAUAAUUCAGAAGGAAAACCGACACAUCUAGCGGAGACUCAGAAGAAGGCGUUAAAGCUACUUUCGACAGCACCUCCGAACUUUGAAGAUCCUCCGUUUGAAGUCUUGGAAGUUAAUAAAGACAAAACUAAUAGCAGAACUGAACCAGCCUGUGAGGCAAUUAAUCCAUUAUUGACUCCAACACUGUACUCAAUGAAUCGAUCGGCGCCUAUGGAAUCAAUUCGUUCAGGAUGGAAAACAUGUUCAAAUCGAACAAACCCUUGGCUAAAUCGUUCUACACCUCUUUGUCAUGACAAAGAAAAUUCCAGACGUUUCAAUCACUCUGGCAGCAUUUUCGCAACAAGCUGCCUUUCAGAAGGAAAUAGUGCGCUACAGUUGAACAUGAGAAAAUCUUGGUUGAAACGAUCAACACCUCUUAAUCAGCAUGAAAGAGAAAACAGCAAAACGUUCAAGUUCGCCAGCAACUUGGAAAGGAGUUAUAAUUCAGAAGGAAAACCGACACAUCUAGCGGAGACUCAGAAGAAGGCGUUAAAGCUACUUUCGACAGCACCUCCGAACUUUGAAGUGGAUGAAAGCAAACGUCGCAAGCAACCAAAAUUCAGUGGCCGUUUAACCACCUAA